AUGUCUAAUUUGGAGAUUAAAAGUCGUUUUCAUAUAUUACAUGUUGAAGUUUCACAUGGUUCCGAUCGUCAUGAUAUUCAUAUUCAUAUGGAACGACCACCAUUAGUUAGAGAUCUUAUGGAAGAAGUAGAAAACAAAAGUCAUGUAACAAUGCCGAACCAACAGCUUAUAUUUCGUGGUCAACGUUUACAUCAAAAUCCAGAUGCAGAAUUAGCAAAAUUCGGUUUGUUCAAUGGAAAUCGAAUUAUGUUAAUUGGAGAAAAAUUAGCAGAAGAAGAGGAUGGACAUUUUCAACGUUUGUUAACUAUUGAAAAAGAUGUUAAACUUAUUGAUGAUGUUCUUGAACUUGUUUGUCGUGAUUUUGAAAAUAUAAAACAGAGCCAACAACCAAGAAGUAGAUGUGAACAUUUUCUUUUCGAUUUACAACAACGCGGUGAACGUGCUCAAACAGAUUUAAAAGCAUUUCAAUCAAUUACAAAUAAUUUAAAUCUCGAUACAUCAGAAAUGCAUGCAUUGAAAAAGCGAAGUCAAGUUGCUGCUCUUAUUCAAGAUCGCAUUGACGUAUCAUCGAAUAUUAUUUCAGCUAUUUCAUCGUAUCAGGGAGGAGGACAGAAUGGCGAUGCCAAUCAUCCUGACAACAAAUAA